AUGGUCAAGUUCUACGAGUCGUCCUUCACUUACGACUACACCUUCCCAGCCGUAACACUCGCCUACUUCCUCCGCUACCCUAACCCAUAUUCUACGCAUGUUCUCUCCACGGACGUGAUCUCCCGCUCUGUCGAUCCCGUCUCUGGCCGAUUGCACACGCUCCGGAUCCAUCGCAAAUCCUCACGUCUGCCACCCGCCGUCUUGAAGCUGCUGCCGAAGAGCGUGCUCGGCAAUGUGCGGAGUGGUCGAUCCGAGAGCUACAUCUUGGAAACGAGCACAAUUGAUAUCAAGGAAGGAUGGAUGAAGACUGAGAGCAAGAACCUGGACUGGACUGGAAUCUUAAGCGUGGUUGAGAAGCAGGAGUAUCGACGGCAGAUCCCGGUCGAUGAGGGCGAUGACUUCAGGGUCGGCGCCGGCACGACUGGGGUGACGACGACGGUUAUGUUCAGGAGCAGGUUGGGCGAGAGGUUGAGGGCUAGAGGAACGAGGAAGGGUGAAGCCGCGGUGGCCGAGGUUGACGAUGAGCCGAAGAAAGGAUUCUUGUCAAGCUGGAGCACCAGUGGAAUCCAAAGGAGCAUCGAGGCCAUUGCCAGUCGGAAGACGGAGAACCAAUUGGGCAAAAGUAAGGAGGGGAUGAUGAUCGUCUUGGAGAGGUUGAGGAGUGGCGGCCUGGUAGGCGUCCUGGAUGGGAUGAGAAGGGACAGGGAGCUUGCCUUCGGGCGUGAGAAAAUGUGA